UUUUCUUUAUUUUGCUUAAAGUGAAACAAGUCUCAAAAGCAUUUAUGAGCAAAUAGAAUACAAAACAAUAGCAUUACUCUCUUGGGAUUCAAAGGUAACAUUGGACCAUAAAGAUAUUUUUAGUUCAUCUUGGAUCUCUAGCUAUCAAAGAAGUACAAACAAGUGUGGCCCCAAGCUCAAAUCUAAUCAGUCAUGGCAUAGUUUAGGCUUUCUUAGUCUUUUCAAUUUCAGUAUCUUCUUGGUUGCCUCCAGGAAGCAAUGUAGUUGCUGCUGAUCAAUAGGAACAGAAACUUUUGAAUUCAUGCAGUAUCUGCCAAGACAGGAAAUAUUCAUCUCUCAGAAUUACUGUUUAGUCAUCUGUGCUCAAAGAAAGAAAUGCAAAGCAGAAGAUGUAGCCAAGCCUGGACUUGAGGUCCAGCUUCAGCCUCCCUUAGCAAAUGCAAUGAAAUAAUUCAUUGCCAUUUGUUAAUAGCCACCAGUGAAACUAGGAGUUACUAGAAUUCCAACGGAGAGCUGCUGAGUCCCAAGAGACAUGUUUAAAGGAAAAGAGGGAGAAAAUGUUAGACACGAACACACUGAAAUCUUAAAAACUACUGAAGCACGUAGUCAUCAGUGGCCACAAAGAUCGGUUAUUCACUUGAAAGAAAAAGAAAAUUGUGAACUUGGAGGCAAUGGACAACAAGGAGCAGGUUGCAGAGAUUCUGUUGUCCCUAUCACCUCUGGAGGUUGUUGAACUUAAAGAAGGAAUCAAUUUUUUUCGGAAUAAGAAAAGUGGCAAAAACUACAUCUUAUAUAAAGAUAAAAACCACCUUCGAGCAUGCAAGAAUAUGUGCAAACACCAAGGAGGAUUGUUUAUAGAAGACAUUGAAGAUUUAGAUGGAAGGUCUGUACGUUGCACAAAGCACAAUUGGAAGCUGGAUGUGAGCACUAUGAAGUACAUCAAUCCUCCAGAUAGUUUCUGUCAAGAUGAACUAGUUAUUGAAAUGGAUGAAAAUAAUGGACUUUUGCUAAUGGAGUUGAACCCUCCUAAUCCUUGGGAAGCAGACCCUCAUCCUCCUGAAGACUUAGCUUUUGGAGAGGUUCAGAUAACAUACCUCACCCAUGCCUGCAUGGAUCUCAAAUUAGGAGAGAAGAAAAUGAUAUUUGACCCUUGGUUAACUGGUCCUGCCUUUGCCAGAGGAUGGUGGCUGCUACAUGAGCCUCCCUUGGAUUGGCUAGAGAGGCUGUGUCAAGCAGAUCUCAUUUACAUCAGUCACAUGCAUUCUGAUCACUUAAGCUAUCCUACUUUAAAGAAGCUUGCUGACAGAAGACCAGAUAUUCCUAUUUAUGUUGGAAACACAGAAAGGCCAGUGUUUUGGAAUCUGAGGCAGAGUGGUGUGCCAUUGACCAACAUUCACGUAGUGCCAUUUGGGACUUGGCAGGAGGUAGAUCAAAAUCUUCGAUUCAUGAUCUUGAUGGAUGGCAUUCACCCUGAAUUAGAUACUUGCAUCAUUGUGGAGUAUAAGGGUCAUAAAAUUCUCAAUACAGUGGAUUGUACCCGACCUAAUGGGGGGAGACUUCCUGAAAAGGUUGAUCUGAUGAUGAGUGAUUUUGCUGGAGGAGCAUCUGGCUUUCCAAUGACAUUCAAUGGUGGAAAGUUUACUGAGGAGUGGAAGGCCCAGUUCAUUAAAACAGAGAGGAAGAAACUCCUGAACUAUAAGGCCCAGCUGGUGAAGGACCUACAACCCAGGAUUUUUUGUCCUUUUGCUGGAUAUUUUGUGGAAUCCCACCCAUCAGACAAGUAUAUUAAAGAAACAAAUAUCAAAAAUAACCCAAAUGACCUCAAUAACCUCAUUAAAAAAAUCUCUAAUGUUUCUACGUGGACUCCUCAGCCUGGUGCCGUACUAGACCUGGGGAGAAUGCUGAAGGAUCCUACAGAUAGCAAAAGCAUCAUAAACCCUCCAGCUGGGACUAAGAUUUAUAAAGAUUCCUGGAACUUUGAACCAUACUUACAAACAUUGAAUUAUGCUAUAGAAGAUGAAAUAUUUCUUCACCCAUCCUGGAUAAAAGAAUACUUCACUUGGGCUGGAUUUAAGAAUUAUAACCUUGUGAUCAGAAUGAUUGAAACGGAUGAAGAUUUCAACACUUUGCCUACUGGAUACAACUAUUUGGUUGAUUUUCUAGAUUUAUCCUUUCCAACAGAAAGACCAAGCAGGGAUCAUCCAUAUGAAGAAAUAAGGAGCCGGGUUAGUGUUAUCAGGCAUGUGGUAAAGCAUGGAUUGCUUUGGGAUGACUUAUAUAUAGGAUUCCAAACGCGACUCCAGCGUGAUCCUGACAUUUAUCAUCAUCUGUUUUGGAAUCAUUUUCAAAUAAAACUUCCCUUAACACCACCAAACUGGAAGUCCUUUUUGAUGCAACAAGGAUAGACUACUUCAUAGAAUCUCAAGCACCAUGAAAUGUGAAGAAUUUGUUGACAUUACUUUCUGAAGAGCUGACACAAGAUAACACUAGCCUUAUAAAUCAGUUAAUAUUGCUAUCAAUAAUUGAUUAUCAUACUUUAUAAUUUAUAUGAUCUUUUCCUUGAAACACAUUUUCUUACAUACAUACUCAUACAACUGAUAUUAACAAAUCCAAUGCUUCUCCAAUAUUUGAGUCUCAAGAAAUUCUAAUUCAAAACACUGUUAAAAUAUUCAUAAAUCACAAAAACAAACUAUGCCUAUUGAAAACAGAUAAAUUAUCAAAAAGCAGUUAUUGAAUUUAUUUAAUAAAGAUGUAUUAAAGGCAAUUAGGGGGUACAAUGGAUAGAGUACUGGAUUUGGAGUCAAGACCUGAGUUCAAAUUCAACCUCAGAUACUGACUGUAUCACCUGUGCUAGUCAUUUAACUUUCUUCUGUUUGUCUCAGAUUCCUCAUCUGUAAAAUGGGGAUAAAAAUAGCACCUAGCUCUCAAGGUUGUUGUGAAGAUAAACAAUAUUUGUAAAACAUUUAGCACAUUAUCUGACACAUAAUGCAAUGCAACUAAAUUCAGUUCAAUAACCAUUUAAUAAGCACCUACAGGGUUUGAGACAAAGUGAAAUGUAUGAGAAGCAGAAAAAAAAGGAGUUCAAUAAUGGUUUCAGGAAUGGAGCAGAGGUAAUGAGAAGGCUAAACCAAAGAGAGUUAGGAAAGGGACUGGGAGCAGAAAGGAGGAGAGGAGCUAGGAAAGGGAAAGGAUUGAGAAGCUUAUGAGGAAGAGAAAGAAUCAGGAGAAAAAGAACUUGAGAAGAGAAAAGAAAAGAUGGGAGACAGGUAUUGAAAUUGGAGGAAAUAGAAGGAAGAGACUUUAGUGGUUAAGAGGAAUUAUUGGAAGGGAAGAAAACAAAUAUUCAAAGUUACAUUUACAGUUGAGAGGGGAGGAAAUGUUGAAGUGAUGUAAAGGUAAAUACCACAUUUCCAAUUUUAUUCUAAUCUGAAAAAAACAAAAAACAUGCAGUGUGGUAGAAAGAACACUGGACUUGGGAUCGAAAUUAUAAUUUGUUUUUAUUAAUUAUAUUUCUUCUAGUUGUGUCCAUUUAUUUUUUUUAAACAACCCUUGAGGCAAAUACUAUUACCCACAUUUUACAAAUGAGAAAAUGAUCUCAAAAGCAGAAUGGUUUGCCUAUCAUACUACUACACUAGUGAAUGUUGGAAUCAGCAUGAGAAUCCUAGGUCUUCUAUUCUUUUUUUUAAAUAAUAUUUUAUUUUUCCAAAUAAAUGCAAAGAUAGUUUUCAACAUUCA